UUUUCAUCGAACUUGAAUUGGUCGUCUAUUUUAUUUGUGGUUUCAUGGCGGUAUUUCAGAAAUAAAAGUAAAUUUUUGCAGUUUGAGGUCUGUGGUCUGUAUAAAUAUAAGUGUUGAUCUCAGCCAACUGAGCCGCAGAGAUAUAUGGAACUUUAAUUAAAUAAUGUGCAUAUGAACUUUUGUUUGCGAUGUGGUAUUUCGAUAAAUGAUUCAUUCAAGUUUAUUAGAUUGUCUGCUACCAUUAAUGUCAUUGCAUUCGUCUAGCGAAAGAAUGAAUUUUUGUUCGUGACACGUCUAAAGAAGUCGGUAAGACGGCGAUUUUUAGUUGUACACGAUAAGCGGGAUGGGUUUCUCUACGAGUUUACAAGGACAGUCAUCACACGAGGCAUUACUUGCCCGUCAAGAUGCUGAAAUUAAGCUUCUAGAAACGAUGAGACGGUGUUUAACGAUUAAAGUUAAAUCAGAUCGUGAAUAUGCUUCGACAAUCUCCUCCCUGACUAUGCAAGGGAAGAAGAUAGAACGUAACGAGGAUCUAGUUGGUAGCUUAAUAGCGCAGAGCUGGAGAGAUAUUAUGGACUCUAUCGAUCAGACUGCAAAAUUAAUCAAGCAGCAGGCAGAUUCAAUCGAAGCUAUAGUAGUUGAACACAUUAUGACAUUAUAUUCUGAAAGAAGACGAGCUAGGAAAGUGUAUCAGGAGGAGCAAACAUGGUUGAACAAUCAAUUUCAACAGUUGACUGAAGAUGUUGCCAGGAAAAAGUUGGAAUAUCAAAAGAAUCUAGAAAUGUACAAAUUGAUGAGAUCCCGUUUUGAAGAACAUUAUGUCAAGUCCGGUAGAGUUGGCAGAAAAUUGGAUGAAGUAAGAGAAAAAUAUCAGAAAGCCUGUAGGAAACUUCACCUUACCCACAAUGAAUACGUAUUACUUUUGGGUGCUGUAACAGAGUGUGAACAUGACCUAAGAACUUGUUACUUACCCAGUUUGCUUCACCGACAACAGGCGAUUCAUCAAGAAUUUAUAACAUCAUGGAAAACCAUACUUCAGGACAUAGUGAAAUAUUCUGAUUUUACGACAGAUAAAUUUCAAGAGAUACAUCGGCGAAUGCAAAAAGCUGUUGAUUCUGUAAAGCCUGUAGAAGAGUACAGGGAUUUUAUAGGGAAGCACAGAACGCGACCAGCGUCGCCGAUAAGAUUUAUUUUCGAUGAGAACCUUGUAGAUGAUACAUCAGGAAAAUUGUUGCCAAAUAAAUUAACAGUAGAUAAUUUGACUAUAGAUUGGUUAAGAAAUAGGCUAACAGAAUUGGAAACUUCUUUGAAAGCAACUCAACAGAGUCGACAAAACCCACCAUAUCCAUCAGAGAACAAUAGUGAUUCUAAAAUAUCAAUUUUGGAUUACUCCCGUGAAAGAGAAGAAUUGCGAUUACGCUGUCAAGAAAAGAGACUUCAGCGGCAGGUGGAUGUUAUUAGAGCUGCCUUAAAUGAAUUAGGUUGCGAAGAAUUACCACUUGGAUAUGAUCUUUCAAUGGAAAGCUCUUUCGCUGAUUCGCCUUCUAUUAGUAAGAAAAAUACAGUUGCAGAUAUUGGUCUGUUUACAUUACGAAGAAAUCAACGAUUCAUGACAAUAUUUAGAUCUCCCUUCAAAUCCUUACCGAUAAUAAACGACACAAAAGAUGGAACGAUUAGAUCGAGUAGCGAAGGUCCUACCUCAAAAGCAGAUAAUACUCUACCAGUUACAUUCCGUGGGAUAUCGCAUUUAACAAGUCAAAAGGGAAAUGGAAGUGGUGAUCUUAUGGAGGAAGAGUGGUUUCAUGGUGUGUUACCAAGAGAAGAAGUUGUGAGAUUACUCGUAACUGAAGGAGAUUUCUUAGUACGCGAAACAACACGAAAUGAUGAAUGCCAAAUAGUUUUAUCUGUUUGCUGGGAUGGACAUAAACAUUUCAUUGUACAAACUACUCCUGAAGGGCAUUACAGAUUCGAAGGUCCUACGUUUCCAUCGAUUCAAGAAUUAAUCAGGCAUCAAUGGUUAUCCGGAUUACCAGUGACUAGUCGAUCUGGAGCUAUUCUCAAAACACCAAUUUUACGUGAACGUUGGGAACUCAAUAACGACGAUGUAAUUCUCCUAGAAAAGAUAGGACGGGGUAACUUUGGAGAUGUAUAUAAAGCGCAGUUGAAAACUUGUAAGACUGAAGUGGCUGUAAAAACUUGCAAAGUAACGUUACCGGAUGAACAAAAACGUAAAUUCUUACAAGAAGGACGAAUAUUGAAGCAAUACGAUCAUCCCAAUAUAGUAAAGCUUAUAGGAAUUUGUGUCCAAAAACAACCUAUUAUGAUUGUUAUGGAAUUAGUACCUGGUGGUUCCCUGUUAACUUAUUUAAGAAAAAAUGCUAAUACUAUUACGCAACAAGAACAACUUCGAAUGUGUAAAGAUGCAGCUGCAGGUAUGCGCUAUUUGGAAUCUAAAUAUUGUAUUCAUAGGGACUUGGCUGCUCGAAACUGUCUCGUAGGAUAUGAAUCUAUAGUAAAAAUAUCAGAUUUCGGAAUGUCACGAGAAGAAGAAGAGUAUAUAGUAUCAGAUGGUAUGAAACAAAUCCCAAUUAAAUGGACUGCGCCAGAGGCAUUAAAUUUUGGUAAAUAUACGUCGCUUUGUGAUGUGUGGAGUUAUGGAAUCUUAAUGUGGGAGAUAUUUUCUAAAGGUGGAAAUCCUUAUAGUGGAAUGUCUAAUUCUCAAGCUCGCGAAAAGAUAGAUGCAGGUUAUCGAAUGCCAGCACCAGAAAAUACACCCGAUGAAAUAUAUCGUUUAAUGUUACGAUGUUGGGAAUAUGAACCGGAGAAACGUCCUCAUUUCGAUCAAAUAUAUACCGUCGUUGAGACGCUUUCUCAAGCGUAUUUAUAAAUAAUUUUAUGUCGGUGCUAAGCUGUGUUAUGAAUAACAUUUUUCUCAUAUUGUUUAUUGUAGCUCUCGAUUUUCUUAUACAAGUCUUAUAAUAUCUCCGAUUAUGAGCUUUAAAAAAUGAUGCUCAUUAAGACGUAUAUAUAUGAUAUAUCUCUGAUUUGCUAUGAAAAUCUCAACCAACGCAAUGAUUUAUGUUUUCAGAAAAUUUAAAAGAAAAGGCCUUGAACUCAAUUGAAUGACAAUAAAUUUUACAGGUAAUAAUAUUCUCCUUAUUAUAAAUACCUAUAAAAUGCUGAAUAUCUAAAUUCCACUAAGAAAAAAGGAACUGUGUUUUAGUAAUUACCAAUUUGCUUUGUUAUGAUAUUCGUUUCUACAUAUCACUAUUUCUCAUUAUUUGUCUUGAUGUACAUCAUUCUUUCCAUGCACUAGCAUUCCAGAAUAAAUUGAUUGUAUUUGGAUUUAAAAUGUAUUACGUUUCACCGAAAUUCAAUCAAACGACAUUUGACAUUUUCAUAGUGAACCAUUGGUAUUUUUACUGUUGCAUUGUAUUUAUAGGUAUUGUGAAUAGGAAGUGUGAAUAUGUAUCGUACUCUGAUAUAGUAGUAUAUAAAAUUGUAUUGGGUAUUUCUGUCAAAGUGGAAGAUUCAAAAACUCCGAGUAUUUUCAGGAUGACCCAAUACCGAUACAUUUUCUAUUGUUCAUGUUCUUGAUUUUUUAUAUUAACAGUUCUGCCAUAAAAUUCCUUAUAUUAUUUAUCCGUCCAAAUAAUAAUUCAAUUUUAAUAAUCAGUAUUGAUCGGUGAAAUAAAGAAUGUUAGGUCUUGAAUUCAUUCAGAACAGAUUUUCGCAAUAAGCAUACUAAACAUAUUUCAUUAAAUUGAAACUAUAAAUAUAAAAGUUUUGUAACAUUAUUUAUACAUGUAACGAAGUUCCAAAUUUUUUUAAAAUUUGAUUUUUAUAAUACAUAACUUAUUAAUAUAUAAGGAACUUACAAUUUUUUUUAUUUUUAUCGAAAGUCACAGAAUUUAUUAGUUAUUGCUGUUCAAUACACGGUGUACGCUUAACUACUGAGAUGUGUUAGAUAAUAUCAUGUUUAAUAUUAAAAUUGUGCCUAUAGAUAUCUUAUACAUGUAUGUAUUGUGCGAAAUGCGUAAGUUAUCUUCUGUAAAGUCAUAACUAGUGGAGAAUUUAUAAAUGUUCAAAACAGUUAAACUCUGUUGUAUUAUAUCAUUGUCUAUAUGCUUUAUUAUGUUAUUCCGAGUUGCGAUUUAAAAAGGAAAACGAAUGUGUUGUUAUUCUACAAUACUCAAUAUUACUUUAAAAAUUAAUAAAACUUGUAUGGAAGCCUUUUA